CCAGCGUCCAGCAUUGGCGAGAUAAGCAUCUAUUUUUGCCGCGUCGCAUCGCCAUUGUUGCCUGGCAACACGUGCAUCUGCGCUGCAUUAUAAAUUCAAAACCAGCUUGCAACACAGCGCCAACGGCGUUGCAUCGCUAGCCGCACAAGACGAGCUCACAAAGCUAGUCACAGUCAGCAGCAUGGGUCUCUCCACCGCAGCGGAAGUAAAUGACUACAUGAAGACGCGGUCCUACGUCGAGGGCUACGCCUUCUCCGCCAAGGACGUGGAAGUGUUUGGCAAGAUCGGCCUGCCGGACCAAAAAGCGCACCCGCACGCGUACCGCUGGUACGUGCACACGGCGGCCCUGAGCGGCAGCAAGUGCCUCGCGUUGGUGGCGGGCGGCGCCGGAUCCAAACCGACGCCCGCGCCGGCGAAGGCCGCCGCGCCCAAAAAAGCCGCGCCCGCCAAACCGGCGCCCGCGGCCGCCGCCGAGGAGGAGGACGACGACGACUUCUGGGGCGACGACGAGGAGCAGACCGAGGAGGAGAAGGCCCAGGCCGCCAAGGAGCUCGAGGAGGCCAAGGCCAAGGCCAUGGCCAAGCUCGCGAAGAAGGAGGCGAACCAACGGUCGUUGUGUAACCUCGAGAUCAAGCCCUGGGAGGCGGACCAGGACCUGAAAGCUCUCUAUGCAAAGAUCAAGAAGACCGUCGUGAAGGACGGGCUCAAGUGGUCGGAGGGCCUAAAAUUGGUCGACGUCGCGUUUGGCGUGCAGAAAAUCAUCUGUACUGCCGUCGUCAACCAGACGCUGUCCAUGGACGCGAUCAUCGAGGAAAUCACGGAGGACCUCUUCGCGGACGAGGUGCAGUCGAUGAGCAUGACGUCGAUGUCGCUGCUCUAGAGGUGCGGCGUAACGUUCUAUAGGAGUA